AGUCUCUGACAACUGUUCUUCCUCCCAAAUCUCCCCUGCAGCCUCCAAAACACACCUGAAGUAGUUGUACAACAGGUGACGUGCUGCCUCUCAGGUGUUGGAGCUCAUGAUGCGGAUAAAAUACUUUGCAUCUUAUGGACUCUGAAGCCACACAGACAGAUGAGAGGAGCAGCUAUGAGUUUACCUGCAGCAGCGAGUGGAUUAGUCGUCCUUCUCCUCACUGUACCAGUGAUACAGGGUCAGGAUGGCUGGGGAGUGACUUACAGCUCUACUGAGAUCUGUGCCUUAAAAGGAUCAACAGUGGACAUGAGCUGCACCUACAGAUACCCAUCUACUGUACAGAGAGUUGAGAACAGGUUCUGGUUCAGAAAAGAGCAUAAUGAUGUUUAUACAAAUCUGAAAACAGACCCACAGUAUUCAGGUCGUGUGCAGCAUAUCUGUGGUAACAACAACUGCAGACUGAGAAUCACAGACCUGAGAGAGAGCGACUCAGCUGAAUACAAGUUCAGAUUCAUUACAGACCAAGAAGGUGGGAGAUAUACUGGUGAACCUGGAGUCACUUUGACUGUCACAGAUCUGCAGGUGAGGGUGGACAGAUCACAUGUCUUUCCUACUGAACUCUGGGCACGGCUGAUGUGUCACAGCAGGUGUCGUCUACCUGGUCGUCCUCACUACAUCUGGUACAAGAAUGGACGGAUCAUUCAGGGAGAAACAUCUUCUUAUUAUUCAGGCUCCUUCACUCCUACAGACAGCUUUUCCUGUGCUGUAGCAGGACAUGAGAACUGCCGCUCUCCUCCACUGUGGGUCUCGGUGGUUACUGGAGCCAAUCCCAGUUAUUUCUCUGGGUGAAGGCAGGGUACACCCUGGAAGAGUCGCCAGCACAUUGCACAGCCCUUACUGAUGGCAGAGGCUGCCACGCAGGCUGCCAACUGCACAUCAGAGUGUAGUUUAGUGGAAUUUAGUGGUAUUUGGUGAGUCAUUAUACAGAAUUGGGUGACAACCAAAUCACAGCCCCAUGAGAUUGUAGACAUGAUACAUAAAUAUAUCUUUCAUUGAUCUGCUGCCAUCAGCACUGAUUUAACCCUGACAUUUUGAGUCUUCGUGUGCUUUGUGUUUUUAAUUUGAAUUAAAAAUAUGAUGAACUAGCUUUAGUUUUCUGAUGUGUGCUUUAUGUGGAUCCCUAAUGCCAGCGAACAUAUUGGAGUUCAAUGUAAAAUGUGUUCAUGUUUUCUCCUCCAGAUCCCGUGAG